AUUGUGUGGAGAACAGAGGAGCGGCUCGUUGUUAGACUUUGAGAAAGGGAUGGGAAAUGAACGGAUCAUCCACAUUCGGACUUUAGUUUGAAAUUUUGUUCUGGCAGAAGGAAAUGAGGCCGCACAGAGGCUUGUUCAGGAGCAGGGAGGGGUGAAGCCACUGAUGCAGCUGCUGAAGAAAAGUCGACUGGUGGGCACACAGGAGGCAGUGGCUGGAGCACUCUGGGUCUUGGCAGGGACAGACAUUGAUGACCAGAGGAAUAUGGCCACAAUGAUAGGUGUAACACAUCUUAGUGAAUUUCUAGACUCCCCAUCUGAGCACCUGCAGUUGCUGGGUUUGGAAAUAUUCUCCAUAUUGGCUAGUGGUCCAAAAGAUUUUGGCAGGGCCCUGGCAGGCAUGGGUGUGCCACAGCUCCUGGUAAGACUGCUGCACUCAAACAAUGAGAGGAUUGUUUUGGCAUCUGUUAGGACUAUGAGGCACAUCUGUUUAGGCAUAAGCUGGAUUCCAAAUACUGAAAACCAAGAAAUGCUCUUAAAUUCUCAGGGAUUAAAUUUCCUGGUAGCACUUAUGUCUCACUCUCACUCGGAUCUGCUGCAGGCAGAGGCAGCCUGUGCUCUCGCUUCAGCUGUGUUGGGCAACCGUGGGAAUGCAGAGCUUCUUUAUGGCCAUGGUGACUUCAGUUAUAGCUUCAUCCUUAGACUCCUGUACUCCCAAUUCAGAGAAGUGCGCCUGCUCGCUGGGGUUGCUAUAGCAACUUUUGCCUUCAACAACAUGGCUCAGCAGAAGCAGAUAGCAGAGGCUGGUGGGGUGCAUUGGCACAAUUUUCAACCUUUCUUCCUUUCCAGUGACCCACUUGAACGUCUGAAUGCUGCCUUCCAGUGUGUAGUUCUAUCUAGCAUCAUACCAAAUCAAAAACCUGCAUCAAUCCGUGCUCUUGGGAUUAAGACUAUUGUGGACAUUAUGGAAGAACCACACUCCAAGCCUGUCCUAGCUCUGGCUGCAGAUUGUGUGGGACGUCUUGCACAUACAAGAGCAGGAAUCCCGUCUGCAAUUAUUUCCAUCAAUUCAGUAUCUGUUCUUUGUGAUCUGAUGACAUCUUCUUCUGAGCAGAUUCAGGGAUCUGCUGCCAUUGCAUUGGGAUUCUUGAGUUUCAACCACAAUGGCAACAGGCAGCUGCUGAAAUGCUGCAGAGAGAGUCCACUCCUUGCCAAAAUUCUCCUUCAUUACACUCGGGGGCGCAGGUUGUCCCACAAUUUCCUUGAGGGCUGGAAGCACCUGACAAAACUGGGGUUGCCUCCCAUCAGGGUUGGAGGCAGCAUCUAUCCUGACAGCAAGGCAGGGUCCAGUCCUGGAUUGGCCACCAGCUCAUCGCGGGGAACAGCUUUACACAUCCCUUCACUCACACCGAGCCAAUUUAAAGUCACCAAUCCAUCGAAUAUGCACAUGGUGAGGAUGUGAGAGAAGAAUCAGAAUAUCAAAGACACAGAAAUGAUGACCCCACAGGAAAUCUGCCACACAUCUGGAAUCGGGUUUAAUUAACAACAAGACUCAGCACCUAAUUAAGCAACUGGUUGAAGUGAAAUUGGUUGGAGUUUGA